CCCUAUCCUGAAUAAGGCUUUCGGGGCACCCAGGCCGGUGGAAAAGUUUUAGGAAACGGCGGCGUAACCCUUGGCUUGCACCUCCCCACCCCCACAAAAAAGGCUACCAGAAAAAGCACAAAAUGAGGGUAAUUUGCACAGGCGCCACUUGCUGGUCGUCCCUGCAAGGGUUAAAGCCACGUGCUGCAAAGUCCUAGAGAGGGUUUGGGGGGGAGAGGAAGAGGAGGAAAUGAGAUAGAGUUACGUCACUUCCUCCCUUCACUCCCCUGCCCUCCUCCCUCCCCAACUCAGAGAGAUAGAAGCAGAGAGAGAGGAAGGAAGAGGUGGGGGGUCUCGGUCACACAAUCAAUCAUUCAGUAGCUGAACUGGGUUCCACGCAGUCACAAAAACAAAUUAACCGGAAAAGCCUCAAAACUGGUGCAUGCGCCCUGGAAACAAUAGCCGACAGCCACAUUGGACGUUCAGCUUCCGAAAAAUGUUCGAAAACCGGAACACUUACUUCUGGGUUUUUGGUGUUUGGGAACCAAGUCAUUUGAGAACCAAGGGAGAAUCUUGAGCCUCCUGUUUUGCCUAAAACUCACCUGCUUGCCUGUAGACCAGCAGUGCAUUUCCUGCGUGCGUCUACUCAGAAGUAAGCCCCGCUGAUUUCAACAGGACUCCGCUCCUAGGUGAACGCAUAUAAGAUUGCACCCUUUUAGGUCUUUUGAGACUAAUCAGGGGCCUCUUCAAAAAAACCUUUGUCCUGGGAAUGGAAGGAACUUUGCAGCAAGAGGGCUUUUUGGUCUGGAAGGGAGCUGAGAUGGAUCUCAGAGGUAAAAUGGGUCUUCCAGGACCAGCAAGGGAGGCAUCAGGAAAAGGCCAUGGCCCAUUUUUGGCUGAGAACUCUGGGGAAGUCCAAAAAAGAAGAGGGCGGAAGAUCCUGGAUGAAGGAGCAGUGAGUUCAAACACUCUCUGCCGGCGCUUCAGGCGUUUCCGCUACCCGGAGGCCGAGGGGCCCCGCGUGGCCUGCAGUCGACUCCACCGUCUCUGCCGCCAGUGGCUGAAGCCGGAAAGGCACACCAAGGCCCAGAUGCUGGACCUAGUGAUCCUGGAGCAGCUCCUGGCUGUCCUCCCCCCGGAGAUGGAGAACUGGGUCAGGGAGUGUGGGCCAGAGACCAGUUCCCAAGCGGUGGCCCUGGCCGAAGGUUUCCUCCUGAGUCGGGAGGAAGACAGAAAGCAGGAAGAGGAGCAGGUGCUGGAAGUGAUCAUCGAUUCCCCCAAGGCAGAGUUUGGCCUGUCCAGUACCUGUCAGGUCCCGUUAUUUGGGGUAAUCAACCUAGAGGAUCGUCCAUGGAACAUGUUACCGGGGAACGGGAUGACAUCACCGCCACCCCCUGAAAUGUCUCUUAACGGCGGAGCAGAAGCAGCUGCUGUGCAGCCGGCUCAGGGUCCCCUGUCCUUUGAGGAGGUGGCUGUGUGUUUCACUGAGGAUGAGUGGUCUCUGCUGGAUCCAGGCCAAAGAACAUUGUACAGAGAAGUCAUGCUGGAGAAUUCCCGGAACGUGGCCUUGCUGGAAGGUGAUGGGUGGCCAGUAAGGAUGAGGAGGGACCAUCCAGAGAGUCGUCGGAAAGGAGCAAGUAUCAAGAGACAGAAGAGGAAAUCAGGAAUCACGAAGGGCCAAAAAAUCAGGAGCGGAAUCAGCUGGAGGUGUAUGAACGAAUCAGUUAAUUGGCAGGGCAGCAGCUUCCCCAAAGUUCCUAUUCAGCAAGAAAAGCAGAAAGGAGCAAAGAGGAACGUCUGCCCGGUGUGCGGGAAAGGGUUCAGUCACAAAUCAGACCUUAACGUUCACUGGCGAAUCCACACGGGAGAGAAGCCGUUUAAAUGCCCAGAAUGCGGCAAGAGCUUCACCCAGCGUGCAAACCUUGCAUCGCAUCAGAGAAUCCACACGGGGGAGCGGCCGUACAAAUGUGCCGAGUGCGGAAAGGGCUUCUACGACAAGUCGAGCCUCGCUAUCCACCAAAGAAUCCACACGGGCGAGAAGCCGUACCAGUGCUUGGUGUGUGGAAAGAGCUUCCACCAGAGCUUCGGCCUCACCUCUCACCAGAGGAUCCACACGGGGGAGAAGCCCUACGUCUGCUCGUACUGCGGGAAGGGCUUCUACGACAAGCCGCACCUCACCAGGCACCAAAGGGUCCACACCGGCGAGAAGCCGUACAAAUGCUUGGUGUGCGGGAAGAGCUUCAGCCAGAUCACGAGCUACACGUCCCACCAGAGGAUCCACACGGGGGAGAGGCCCUUCAUGUGCUCCCACUGCGGGAAGAGCUUCUACGACAAGUCCAACCUCCUCACCCACCAAAGAAUCCACACCGGGGAGAAGCGGUACAAGUGCCUGGAGUGCGGGAAGAGCUUCAGCCAGAAGAAGAACCUGACUUGCCACCAGAGCAUCCACACCGGCGAGAAACCUUACCAGUGCCUGGAGUGCGGGAAGUACUUCCGCCAGCACACGGACCUCACUUCCCAUCAGAGAAUCCACACGGGGGAGAAGCCGUACCAGUGCCUGGAAUGCGGGAAGAGGUUCUAUAGGAAAGCCGAUCUAAACAGGCACCAGAGGAUUCAUGUCGGGGCGGGGAACCCCAUAAUUUCCUGGAACGUUGAGAUGCCUUCAGAGGGGGUGUCGGUCUUGCGUCCCAUCAGAGAGUUCGCCCAGGAGAGCCAGUAUGUCACCCCUGAGAUGCUGCUGAAUCACCCCUUGUUAGUCAUUGAGGAAUCCACAUAGCAGAGGGUCCUCCUGUUGUUGUUUAUUCGUUUCCGCCUCUUCGUGACCCCAUGGACCAGAGCACGCCAGGCACUCCUGUCUUCCACUGCCUCCCGCAGUUUG